AUGUCAAUUGUAUCAUUAACAGGAAUAGAAGUACUUAAUAAUCCAGCAAAAUUCUCAGAUCCAUAUGAAUUUCAAAUCACAUUUGAAUGUCUUGAAUCAUUAAAAGAAGAUUUAGAAUGGAAAUUAACAUAUGUUGGAUCAUCAGAUUCUCUAGAUCAUGAUCAAGAAUUAGAUUCUAUAUUAGUUGGUCCAGUACCAAUUGGAGUUAAUUCAUUUUUAUUUACAGCUGAUGCACCAUCACCAGAAUUAAUACCUGCAAGUGAAUUAGUUAGUGUAACGGUUAUAAUAUUAAGUUGUUCAUAUAAUGAUAAAGAAUUUGUAAGAGUUGGAUAUUAUGUAAAUAACGAAUAUGAUACUGAAGAAUUAAGAGAAAAUCCACCGGCAAAAGUACAAGUUGAUCAUGUUGUUCGAAAUAUAUUAGCUGAAAAACCAAGAGUUACUAGAUUUAAUAUUGUUUGGGAUAAUGAAGGUACUGCUGAUGAGUAUCCACCUGAACAACCAGAAGAGGAAGAAGAAGAAGAAGAAGAGGAAGAUGAUGAAGAAGAAGAAAAUGGUAAUGAAGAACAAGAAGAUGGAGAAGGAGAAGAUGACGAAGAGUUAGACGAAGAAGAAGAAGAGGAAGAAGAUGGUGAAGGGGAUAUUGAUUUAGGUGAUGAGGAUGAUGAUAUGAAAGAUGAAGAAGAAGAAGAAGCUGAAAUAUCAACAUUAAAUGAUAAAGAACCAAUAAUAGAGUCCACGUCAAAAGAAGAAGAAGAAGAAGUAGACACGCCGAGGGAUUGA